AAAUCCAACACCAACACACGAGACGGGGACGCCACGCCCGCGCCUCACACGGCAACGGACGGGACGCACCACCAGUCCACCGCCACCCCAUCCAAUCCCAUCCCCACAACCGGGUGCCGCCGCCUUCUAUGGCGGACUUCGGCGACGAGCUCUUUCUCGACGUCGGGGACGAUGGUUUCGGAGACCUCUCCUACGUCUCCUUCUCCGAGUCCAUCGAGUUGGAUCUCGCCUGCCCACGCGACGUCUUUUCCGCGGGGUUUGAUCCCGAAACCCUAACCCACAUCCCGGGGUCCCCAAUCUCCUUCGACUCCGACCCCGACCUCCGCCACCUCUCUCCCUCGCUGACCUGCUCCCCGCCCUUCUGGGGCUGCCUCGAUGACGCCGCUAGCUUCGAGUGGGAGGAGAUCGCGGACGCUGCCCUCGGCGUCGGCGGUGGCGCUGGCGGCGCCGGAGGGGGAGGACAAGGACUAGAAGGAGACGCCGAUGCCGACGCCGACGUGUUCGGGUUCCUCGACGAGCGGGAGAUGCUGGGCGUGAUGGAGGGCAUCGACAGCGGUGACGACGACUCGAUCUUCUCCGAUGAGCCUCCGUUUGACUUCGGCGAUGGCGACACGGAGCUUGAAGGCAUCUUCCGGAGCGGUGUCGGGUGGGAGCUGCUCCCGGUGCCUCUGGACGAGGACGAGUUCGAGGUGCUGCCGGGGCACGUCGUGGAAGUGGGCGGCGCCCCGCCGGCGGCGCUUGCAGUGGUGGAGCGGCUCCAGGUGGUGGCCGUCAGAGGCGAGGAGGUUGUGCAGGAGUGCGCUGUUUGCAAGGAAGGGAUGGAACAGGGGGAGCUCACCACUGGGCUGCCGUGUGGGCAUUUCUACCACGGGGCGUGCAUUGGUCCAUGGCUUGCCAUCCGGAACACGUGCCCGGUGUGCCGGUAUGAGCUGCCUACUGAUGACCCUGAGUAUGAGAAGCGGAGGACGAGGCGCCAUUCUGCUGGUGGUUCAACACCACAGUUGGGUGCACCGAUGCAGGUUUGAGCUAGGGCUGAUUGGUGCUAUGUCUUGGAUGCAAUUCCAUCAUUCCACGGAAGUUAGAAACCUCACUCAUUGAAUUGGCGCUAGGAUGUUUACAUGCCAGUAGAAUUAUACUUCUAUGAUCUUGAUUUUUUCAGGAUUUAGCUUUUGUGCUCGAGAGUUGAAUGGUAAGAACAAUUAUCUUAACAAUUUGUACAUACAUCUUGUUUCAAUCAAAUUCUUCCUUGCUUUUCA